CUGUGCCGCAUCUGCGCCUCCGGUGCUGCCAAGGAGGGAGUCGCUGCGGCCGCCUCUGGGUCUUGGCCAUGCCCGACGGGGGGCGCCGCCGCUGAAGGAUGAGCGUGGCCCUCCGACACCGGCCCGGAGCCCCUGCGCUGCUCCCGUCGCUCCUCCGCCUGCUGCCCUUCGCCUGCUGCCUCCUGGCUAGCCCGCCCGACUCAUGUCCUCGGAAGUUGGAUUGCUCUCUGAAGAGGCGGGCAUUCUGCCCUCCUGGAUCCAACACCUGCGGACCUUGUUUCCCUCAGUAUGUUGAAGAUGGAGACGGCAGAUGUAUCUCAAAGGCACAAGCAACCAGGGGACGGUCUUCUUUUCCCAACCUAGAGGAAGAAAUUGAUUUCCUAGCUGAUUCGUUGUCCAAACAGGAUGCUUCUCAUUUGCACCACAGUCAGGAAGAAAGCCCAACUUCUGCAGGCGAGCAUCCCAAAGUUGGUGCAGUGAUGGCCAAGUCCUUACAAAAGAGCCGGGCAAGACUUCUGGCUACGUCUCACCCUCCCUCUUCUGCGAAGAACUCUCCUGUGGAAUCUUUGCGCAUGUCUUCAAAUGAUGCCCUUAUCCUUGGUAUGAUAAUAGUGUGCACCAUUGCAGGGAUUUCUGCUCUAGUUGUAGCAGCUGUUUGCUGGUGCAGGCUACAAAAGGAAAUACAGCUUGCGCAGAAAGUGGACUACCCAGCUCACAAGUUACCAGGCCCUCCGUCAUAUGAUAAGAUCUCGCCUGGUGACAAAAAAUUGGCGCAGAGUGCUCAAAUGUACCACUACCAACACCAGAAGCAACAAAUGCUCUCCAUGGAAAAGCAAAAAGAAGAGCCCAAACUGCCAGAAUCUGUAUCAUCAGAUGAGGAAAAUGAAGAUGGAGACUUCACAGUGUAUGAGUGCCCGGGGCUUGCUCCUACUGGUGAGAUGGAGGUGAAAAACCCACUCUUUGAUGACUCCUCCUUGCGCCCCCCACCCUCCAAGCUGCACCCUUGACCUCCGGCCGAAUAUGCUGUGGACUGUGCAGCAAGCAACCCUGCAUAGGAACGUUCCCAAACCACAGACCUCAUAAAGAGAGUGCUCGUUGCAGCGUGCCCAGAUGCCCGACUGUUAGACCCCCCCCCCUGCAGUGAAUCUGUUGAAUGAACAAGUGUCAUUGGCUGAGGGGGGGGGGCUUGCUUCACUCGCCAGCUCUUGUUUGCUAUUGCCUCCGCACCGUCUGCUCGAUCUGCCGCCUCUCGCUGUUCAGAUGACAACUGGACAAUUAAUGCAUUUGUGAUCUCUAAUUGGCUUGCUUGUUUGGGGUGGGGGAGAAAGACAGGGUCCAAUACUCUUUGAGUUUUCCAUAGUCUUCAGAAACCCCCUGUCUUGUCUGCCUUUGUGGCAAAACCCGAGAGAUGCAUUCCCUGUCAGCCUGUCUUGUAAAAGGAUGGAAGCUGUGGAAAUCAAAAUGUUUCAGAUCUGAGGUUUUUCCUGUGUUACCGGAUCUUGCCGAUAGAUCUGUUGCAGGUUCCACAUAUUCGACAGCGGCUACCUUGGCUUGUAAUUUGUGUGUCUUUUUUCACUGUAUAACCUUUAAAGCAGCUGCUUAAAGGGGAGGGAGAGCCUGCAGCUUUGUGUACCAAUUGGUUUUCCUCCUGCAUUCUGUCACUGUAAAAGCCCUGGGAUGCGAGGUCACCCAAAAGGCCACUUUAAAGUUGAGGAGAGGCAAUUUUUAUUCCAAAAAAAUAUAGAAAAGUACAUGUACUGUAUAAGACACAGAGAAAUACAAACCACUCUAGAAUAUAAUUCCUCUAUGAAUUCAACCUCCCCCAAACCCAACAAAAAUGUAUCAUGAAAUUUACCAUCUCCUCUUCACUGUCCCAUCACAGAAUGACUAUUUCUCUAUAUAUUUUUCUUUUUAGAAUUUCUUAAAUUUCAACACUAAUGUGCUGGUUUUUAUGGCCCAGUGGGGAGUGUCUUGGAUAUUGGGUUGGCUUUUGGUUCAGGGAAUGAUUUCCAGUUCCUCCAUACCAUCAUGACUGAUCAGUGAGUAGGUAGGAAUUGGUCAUGGCAGAAGGUGAAUGUUGCUGCUCUUAUUGAAGGUGGCUGGGAUGGAACCAGCACCCAUUGCAAUGGGUUAUCGCCCCAAUUACCUCACUGCUGGUGGCAACCUGAAGUUGAGUAAUCUCUAUCUAGCUGGGUGAACGCUGGUAUUAUUUAUGCGAUGUGUAUGCCACAACCACCCCCACCCCCCACCCCCGAUUAUUUUCUCCAUAGUUUAUUCUUCUUUUAACUUCAAUGGAAGCACCUUUCCUUCUGUGUCUUACACAUGGCAGUGAAUUACACUAAGGCACUUUCCUUUUCCUCGAGUGUACUCCAUAGUUCUUUGCAGCAAGAAAAGGAGAUUGAGGGGGAUGUUUUCUUUUGCAAGAAUUCACUUGUGAGGGGUUCCAUCUGGAAUGGGUGAAGGGCACCUAUUUCUGAAAUCGUUGGCACUUCUGAUAAUCCCGCCUCUCUGCUGCUGUAUCUGUGACAAAUGAGAGUAAAAAGAUAAAUUUCACACAGAUUUUGCCAGGCCUGUCUUGAAGUUUCAAUUGUCUUUGCAAAUUUUCCUCAUAUUAAUGGAGGUGCUUCAAAAUCAAAAGGCUAAUUCGUACAUUUUUAAAGUCAUGGGGUGGAUUCUGCCCCGGUCCUAUAAUUCCACUGAGUAAAUUGUGAUUCCUUCCACCAACCUCAGCGGCUCUUCCACCAAUGGAAGGAGGAUGUUUAGGCUAGAGGAAGAUCUAUGCCAUUAUCUUUUUUCCAAAUUCAGUAUCUUACACAGAAGGGGACAAAGGUGCAAUAACUCAGCAAGUACAGCACCUGCUUUAUAGGCAGAAGAUCCUAGGGAUCUGUCUCUUAUACCUAAGAAGAUCUCUGUGCUGGUCAUAGAAGAUGGCACCAGUCUUAGACGCAGGAUAAAGACCUUCCUAUUUGUAUAUGUGCAUCCUGCUUUUCCAAAACCCUCAAAGGCUACCUUAACUAGCCUUACCAUCAGUUGUUCACACUGCUUUGUUCGUUUUUCAAAUCUUCAGUCAUGAGAUCUAGUAACUUACUUCCACAAAAAGCAAAAGAAAAUAGGGAAAUAUUGAGCUGCUCGGCAUCGUGAGGGAAGCAACCAAAUUCAUUGUGCAGCUGUUAUAAACCAUAUGUGUUUUUUAACUAGCAUGAAUUCCCAUGAAGCACCUGAGGGAUCUGCUAAGCUGCUCGGCAUCAAGCCCAUAUUAAGGGCAUCAAGGCAUAUUGCUGGUUCGCGUUGUGUCUCUGUGUGUGUUAUGGUCACAUCUGUGGGUAUUUUUUCAAUGUCUUCUCUGGGAUGUUUAAAAUUUGCAUAUGUGUGCUCUUCCUGGCCCUGCAGAAUGAGUUGCAAGUAAUAUGGAUGGUGUUUACAGGACUGUCACUGAAUGGUAUUUAGCUGCACCAACCCACAAUGGGACAAUCCCCAGAAAAUUCUGGAUAAAUCAUUCAGGGUCAUCAAAUAUUUUCCCCUUGGAC